CCCAGUGACAGAAACUCCGAUUCCGGACUCUAACUCUGGCACAAACUCUUCAUCGCCUGUUAUCUCCCGGAUGGUGAAGAAGAAGAAGAAACCAAAAAGGACAGGAGUCAAUGACUGCACUGUCCAGGAAGAGCUGCAGGAGAUUGAGGAGAGGGUUGAGAUUUUUACGGUGGAGGAAUCGAGUGAAGACCAGGAGGAGGAGCUCACUGCCCUGACAGUCUCAGCGAAGCGGAACAGAGGAACCAAGAUGAAAGCUCAUUCACAAAAGAAGCUCAGUGAAGAUGAGACUGAGGAUGAAAAGGAGACGGAUGAGGAUGGGAAAGAGACAGAGGAAACUGGAAGUGUCUCUCCACAGAUUCAUGGCUGUGAACAGCCAGACCCAUCUUCAGGGAAAACUGAAAAUCCCAGAAGUGAAAGUGUCUCAGUUAAAGUGGGAAACCUGGAGGAAUUUGCUUUCAGACCUGCUCCACAAGGAACGGUUAUAAAAUGUCGGAUCACCAGAGACAAGAAGGGGAUGGACAAGGGGAUGUUUCCAACCUAUUACCUGCACAUGGAGAGAGAGGAUGAGAAAAAGGUAUUCUUGAUGGCUGGGCGAAAACGCAAAAAGAGCAAAACAUCGAAUUAUCUCAUUUCGACUGACCCAACAAACCUGUCCCGCACAGGAGAGAGCUUCAUUGGAAAGCUGAGAUCCAAUGUCCUUGGGACUAAGUUCACUGUGUUUGAUAAUGGAGUCAAUCCAGAGAAGACGCCCAUGGUGCCAGAGAAUGUGACUCUUCGGGAAGAGAUAGUAGCUGUAUGUUAUGUAAGUAAUUCAUUCUCAUCAGUUCUAACAUUUCAAAGGCUGGGAGGAACAAGCUGA